AUGAAAAACGAGAAAAGAAACAAUUUUUAAAUCUCAAACAGUACAAAAAAGGAAAGGCGAGGAGAGAGAGAGAGGGAGAGGGAGGGAGAGAGACUCUCUCUCUGUUCUUGCUUCCCUUUGCUUCGCCGCCCACGAAAGGUUUGUAGUUUGAAAUCCCCGAAGGUCUUGCUGGAGGUUGCUCUUUGGAGCGCUUUCUUGCUUCGUAUAGGCACUUUGGUUUAGAGCUUCAAGUUGGUGGUAGAAUUUCUUUUUCCGGCUGUUCUGAAAAGGCUUGUGACGGAUCUAAUUUCCAUGUGGGACUUCUAGGGUUUUAUAUCGAGUUUGCUGGUGUUUACUUGUUUAGUUAUAAUCUGUGGUCAAGGGUAUCUCUUUGAUUGUUCAGAAAAAGGCUAUUUUACCAGAAUUCUCUCCAGUUAUUCCACUGAAUCUAUUUGCUAAUCUUUCUCCCCUUUUUUCUUGAGAAUCUCUUUAGUGUAUUGGGAGUGAGGAUUUGUGCGGAUUCCUUAUGGGAGGUUUAUAAUUCACAAGCAUUGCUGCUCUUGGAUCUACGUUUCCAUAACCCCUCCGCAGAACCGAGCAUUACAUAUGCUCUGGGAUUGGGCCUCAUAAACUGGUAAAGUCCUUAGAUGAUGACAAACUCAGGAAUGGAAGUCCUUUCUCCUGCUCCUGCUUAUUUCUCCAAUUCCUAUUGGAUGCGUGAUGAAAAGAAGUGUGGGAAUUGGACUCAGCAGGAGAACAAGCUGUUUGAGAAGGCUCUCGCUCGGUUUGAUAGAGAUACACCAGAAAGGUGGUUAAUGGUGGCGAAGUUGAUACCUGGGAAGACGGUAGAUGACGUUGUGUCCCAUUACCGUGAUUUGGAAGAAGAUGUGAGCUGUAUAGAAGCUGGCCUCAUCCCUUUCCCAGGUUACAGCUCUUCCUCUUUAACUUUGGAUUGGGAGAAUGAUCAAAGCUUUGAUGGCUUGAAGCAAGAUUACUACGUUGGUGGGAAGAGAUCAGGCUGCCGACUUGCUGAUCAUGAUAGGAAGAAGGGUGUCCCCUGGACUGAAGAAGAGCAUAAGAGAUUUCUAUUGGGUCUCAAAAAAUAUGGCAAAGGAGAUUGGAGAAACAUAUCUCGUAAUUUUGUUGUUACUAGAACUCCUACACAAGUGGCGAGCCAUGCGCAGAAGUAUUUCCUCAGGCUUAAUUCUGGUGGUAAAGACAAGAGGAGAGCUAGCAUACAUGAUAUCACAACAAUCAAUAUGGAAGAUAAUAGUCCUCCCUCACCUUCUCAUCCAUCAGUAGCUACUAUGCAGUCUUGUUCAGCAAUAGCCACUGGCACCUCUGAACAAUUCUCUGUUGUAGUUGAUUCAAAACAACCAAAUGAGGUAGCUAACUUCUUUAGUUCAUCAAUCAAUAGUAACCAAUAUGUUCAGUCACCUUAUGGCAUCCAAGCAUAUGGAAUGAUACAGCAAGCUAGGAAUUUGCAUCAUAGCAAUCUCAGUGGUCCUAUUGUUGGAAACAAUGGUGGGUUAUUUUAGAUGUAAUGCCUAUUAUUCCAUGACUCGAGGAGAACGGACGUAGGACAUCGAUGUGGAAUCUUUGUUUUUUCAAUCGACGAGGAACAAUGAUGAAGUUUCUUAUCAUGAACAUCUGAAUAUUGAAGAUCAAUGAUGGUGGAGUUGAUGUGGAUUGUGGAAUUUAAAUGAUAUAUGUGAUAUCAUAUUUAGAUGUUUUAGAGCUGAGGGACAUUGCCACUUUUGAAAUGCUCAUUUUGUGGUUUAGAAAGUCAUUUUGUGGUAGUUAUUUGUAGUUCACAUUUGGUAUUAUAGAACACAAUAAUGCAUUGCUAGUAUUGUACCGUGGUGCUGUACUUUAUGGUACUUUUAGCCAAUUAUGUUAAUAUUGAUUAUUAUAAAUUUGAAGUUCUUGAAUUGGGGUAUUGAGGUA